AUGUUGGAAGAUAAAUCUCACUCUCACAUUGUUUCUUGGGGAGUGACGGGAGAUACAUUUGUCGUUCAUGAUCAAACGGAAUUUUCAAAGAGUAUUUUACCACAACAUUUUAAACAUAAUAAUAUGGCCAGUUUUGUCAGACAAUUAAACAAAUAUGAUUUUCAUAAAAUAAAAAGUAAUGAAGAUGACGGGAGACCAUACAGCGAUCAGGCUUGGGAAUUUCAACAUCCGAAAUUUCAGUUGAAUCGAAAGGAUCUACUUGAAGAGAUAAAGAGGAAAAUCCCAACUCCACGUAACAAAAGGCAAAAUGGGACGUCCAUAAGAAGUGAAGAUAAACAGCCUCACUAUUUUCAAUUCCAAGAGGAAUGUAUUGCUGCAGCAACUCCAAAUGAUACAUCAACCUCCAUAAUACGACAACAACAACAACCACAGAAAUCCAUUAAUGGUAAUACAAAUGAUGUGCCAAUGCAUCAUUCUACUGAUCAUUCGAUUUCUCGGUCAUCAUCACCACCAUCUACACCAUCUGAUCUACAAUCUCAAGUAGAAAAUUUGACGGAAUUACAUGCCAAUUUAUCUGGUCACGUUAGCAAUCUAUCAAAAAAUUGUGGUACUAUUCUUGAAGAAAUCACAAACUUUAAAAGAAAUCUUGCUGAGCAAGAUGCUUUAUUUAGUAAUUUAUAUCAGAUUUUAACUAAUCAACUUAAUAAUAAUCAUAAUCAUAAUAAUCAUAAUGAUAACAAUAAUCAUAAUUCAGACCGAACGUUACGACCUAUCACAGAUAAUGGUCCGGGUGACCAUUCUCCUCCUAAUAGGAGAUAUUCGUCAAUAUCACCCAUAACUACUUCCACCACAACAAAUGGAUUUCAUGAUUCAAGCGAAUCUUUUAUAUCACAAGAAAAUCUGAUGUUAAAUUCAUUAAUACGAGCAAAUUCAUCUACCGCAACGACCGCGACACCGACAAUAACUGACAACAAUUCAGAUGAAACAUCAUCAAUAUUACCUUUGGUCAAUGGAAUGAGUGGGCUUUCUCAUCAAUUCACUAUGGGAACUUAUUCCAAUUCUCAACAAAUCAAUUUUAACUUAAACCCAUUUUCCACACCAAACCCUUCGCCCCCUAUACCUAACACCACAAAUCAUCGAAUGUUUAUUCGUGGUGAUAGAACUUCAAUGACUGUACCUAAUUGGUCCAUACAACCAAAAGUUUUAUUAGUGGAUGAUGAAGCAUCUAUUUUGGAAGGUGGUAGGCAAUUGCUACAAACAUACGGUUGCCAAUCUGAUACGGCUUCUGAUGGUUUAACCGCCGUUAGCAAAAUGCAAUUACAGCCAUAUGAUUUGGUUUUCAUGGAUGUUGUGAUGCCAAAUGGAUUGGACGGAUUAAACGUAGCACAACAAAUUCGACGGUUUAAUCAUACAACACCAAUAAUAGGGAUGAUUUCAAAUGAUCAAUCAAUUAGUUCAGCAUCGAAUGAUUCGGAUUAUUUGAAUUAUGGUAUGAAUGAUUUGUUACCAAAACCAUUCACGAGGCCAGGAAUUUAUGCUAAAAUAGACAAAUAUUGUAGUCAUUUAAAGGCUAAUAAUAUAUUGAUCUCUCCAUCACGAAAUGACGAUGGCGACUCUAUACAAAGGUCCUUCGGUAGUUUAAAUGGUUCUGCGGAAGAUAAUACACGUCAACAAUUACAACAAAGCGGGGUGACUGUUACAACUUCUGUAAACUAUUUAUCCGCUUCUCCUAUGGAUCUAUACCACCAUCAUCAAUUUAGUAGAGGUGGUGAUAUCGAUGAUUUAAUAAGUAAAGAAAAUAUAAGAAAGAGAGCAAAAUUUUCGUAA